GGAUCUUCAGCUGCCAGUGGGAAUCCUGAGAAGCACUGCAGCUGAAAACCUACAGCAACGCAAAGGAUGGGGUACAAUUUGUCUUAUGGAAAACUGUCAGAGGAUCGUCUGAGCCCAGACAACAGCAGUUCACCCAACUCCACCGCGGGCUCACCCGGGGAUGCCGCACACGACGAGUUCACCACCAUCGUCCUGCCCGUGCUUUACCUCAUCAUCUUCCUGGCCAGCCUCCUGCUGAACGGCCUUGCCGUCUGGAUAUUCUUCCACAUCAGGAACAAGACGAGCUUUAUCUUUUACCUGAAGAACAUUGUGGUUGCAGACCUCCUCAUGACACUGACCUUCCCCUUCAAGAUCAUCCAGGACUCGCAGCUGGGGCCCUGGCACUUCAACUCUUUCCUCUGCCGGUACACCACGGUCCUGUUCUACGCCAACAUGUACACCACCAUCGUGUUCCUCGGGCUCAUCAGCAUCGACCGCUACCUGAAAGUGGUCAAACCUUUCGGGGACUCCAGGAUGUACAGCAUCACCUUCACCAAGAUCUUGUCUGCCUGCGUUUGGGUUGUAAUGGCUUUCCUCUCCUUGCCGAACCUGAUCCUCACCAAUGGUUACCCAACCAGGAGGAACAUAGAUGACUGCCUGAAGCUGAAGUCCCCCCUGGGGGUCAAGUGGCACACGGCUGUCAUCUACAUCAACACCUGCAUGUUCGUAGUGGUGCUGAUAGUGCUGAUAGGAUGCUAUAUUGCAAUAUCCAGGUACAUUUAUAAAUCAAGCAAACAAUUUAUCAGCUCGUCAAGCAGAAAGAGAAAGCAUAAUCAGAGUAUAAGGGUCGUUGUGGCUGUAUUCUUCACUUGCUUUCUGCCUUAUCAUCUGUGCAGAAUACCCUUUACUUUCAGCCAUCUAGAUAAAAUUUUAGAUGACUCUGCACACAGAAUCUUAUAUUAUUGUAAGGAAAUGACACUCUUCCUUUCCGCAUGCAAUGUCUGUCUGGAUCCAAUCAUUUACUUUUUCAUGUGUAGAUCAUUCUCCCGAAGGCUGUUCAGAAAAUCAAACAUGAGAACCAGGAGUGAGAGCAUCAGAUCCCUUCAGAGCGUCAGAAGGUCAGAAGUGCGCAUAUACCAUGAAUACACUGAUGUCUGA